CUCUCUCUCUCUCUCCCCAUAAAAUAGAGAAGAGGAGAGAGAAAACAGAAGCUGCAAGACACAAAGGAGGAGGCUUUCUCUCCUUUCCUCUCUAAAUUUUCCCCAGGAGGAGAAAUUACCAAAUUACACACAAAAGAAGGGAAAUUUAGAGAGAGAUGGGGAAGAUAGAGAACAACAAUGAGGAAGGGGAAGGGGAUGUGAAGGGAUCUAUCAGUAAAUUCCCAUUGAACUUUUGGGAGAUGACGGUGGCUUCCACGGUGGUGCUGGGUUUUCUGUUCGGCCUUAUGGGUGUUUACCUAACCAUGCCCGCAUCCGAUUACAGCUUUCUCAAGCUCCCCCGGACCCUCCAAGACCUCCAAAUCCUAAGAGAUCACCUUGAAGACUACACAAGUGACUACACAGCUCAGGUUUUGUUAGGGUACUGUAUGGUUUAUAUAUUCAUGCAGACAUUCAUGAUUCCUGGAACUGUGUUCAUGUCGUUGCUUGCUGGUUCCCUUUUUGGAGUCUUCAGAGGUGUAGCUUUGGUUGUGUUCAAUGCCACUGCUGGUGCUUCUUCUUGUUAUUUCUUGUCAAAGGUGAUAGGGAGGCCCCUUGCCACCUCUCUUUGGCCCGACAAGCUCCUUUUCUUCCAAAACCAGGUGGCUAAAAGAAGAGCGCGGCUGUUGAACUACAUGUUGUUUCUCCGAUUAACUCCAACCUUGCCAAACACAUUUAUUAAUGUUGCUUCACCAAUUGUUGAUGUGCCUUAUCAUACAUUCUUCCUGGCAACCUCAAUUGGUCUGAUACCUGCUGCUUACGUCACUGUCAGGGCUGGACUAGCUCUCGGAGAAUUGCGUUCGCUUGGAGAUCUCUACGACUUCAACUCAAUAGCCACCUUGUUCUUCAUUGGAGUUGUCUCGGUUACUCCCACGCUAGUGAGCAAGAACAAAUCAUAGCAUUUCACUUGCUCACUUUGCUCGGUGUACAUUGGCCCCUUGUUGUGCUUGCAGCCAUUUGGGUAUCACCUCUUUAGCAUCAAAUAAUUGCACCAGAAAGCGCUCUGUUCGUUGUGGAAAUUACUGCAGCGAUGGAGCUUCACUGGUAGAAUAUGGGAAGGUGUCCUUUAAUCUCAGUUUCAUAGGUUAUGUGACAAUGUGUAUGUAAACUUUAAUCUCAGUUUCAUAGGUUAUGUGACAAUGUGUAUCAGUAUCGUAAUAGAAUGUAAAGGCAGUUUCUAGUUAAGUUUCAAGUUUUUCAUGUUUUUAGUGUUGAACUAUUUCUUUAAACGACUACAACAACUAAUUUGCAAAGCUUACAAUUUCCACUCGAAUGCUUAGUGGAUAAGCA